CAUUCGUCUAACGGGAGGUGCGACACCCAAUCAAGGUUAUAUCGAAGUCAAAACUGAUGGUAAGUGGGGCAAGAUUUAUUCUAGACACUGGACAACGAAAGAAUCAAGAGUAGCCUGUAAAAUGCUUGGUAUGACUGGCAAAGCAAGUCCAUGGUCACCGCACGUGAUGGCAGAACUGCCAACAAUCUUGUCUUUGGAUAGUUGUCAUGGUAAUGAGUCUUCACUUGCAUGCUGUAAAGUAGCACAUACAAUAUUAGAAAACCGUUCAUCGUUUAGCAUCAGAGGAGUUUCGUGUGGAUAUCCUACUGUAGUUGACGUGAAAACCGAAAGUAAAACUCCUCUUGUCACAAACAAGACAUCUGUUCCCUGGAUACAGMUAUUUUUACAAAGAAGUGUCUACAUACACACUGUAACGUUAAAUCGUAGUUGCCAGGCCAAAAGUGAUAGCCAAUAUCACAACCCACCGACUAUCGACCUCUACGACACGGAUUCUGGGAACAGCAUCCMAUGUAAYGUUUCCAUGGAUAUAGCGAAGUGUGGCGUUGAAUCCAAAGUAAACGUUGUUAACAUUUGUUCAUCGGAUGAGAAUGAUACUUUGMCACUGUGCAGUGAACCAGAUAUAGUAGCUUUCGGUAAGAUAUCUUAUUUGGCUUUCCCGUCCAUGCAUCAAUCUCGUACCCAGAGCCCACGUUCCUCGUGGUCAGCACCGAGAAACGAGAGGCUCUGGUUGCAGCCUAUUUUAUGCGCAUUCUGA